AUGAAGCUCGCAAUUCUGCUCGCCUCGGUCGCCUCCGUGCACGCGUUCCAGAGCCCGGCGGUGUCGACGCUCGCGCGCGGCGCCGGCGGCCUGCGGUCGCCCCUGCCUUCCACGCCCGUCGCGGCGCGCCAGCAGACGAAGCUCGGCGUCGCCGCCACCGCGGACGACGCCGAAAAGAGGGCCUGGUUCAAGGAGAACUUCCCGCGCACGACCAAGCUCGCCAAGGGGCUCAAGAGCCCCGAGGUGAAGAAGGUCGUGCCGCUCGCGAUCAUCUUCUUCUGCAUCCUCUUCAACUACACGAUCCUGCGCGACACGAAGGACGUGCUCGUCGUCACGGCGCCCAAGUCCGGCGCCGAGAUCAUCCCGUUCCUCAAGACCUACGUGAACCUGCCCGGCGCGAUCGCGUUCACGAUCCUCUACUCGUCGCUGAGCAACCGGUUCUCGCAGCCGCAGCUCUUCCGGGGCGUCAUCGGCACGUUCCUCACCUUCUUCGCGUCCUUCGCCUUCCUCCUCUACCCGAACAUCGGGGUCCUGCACCCCAACGGCCUCUGCGACGCCAUGCAGGGCUUCCUGCCCGCGUCGUUCGCCGCGCCCAUCGCGAUCUUGCGCAACUGGACCUUCUCCAUGUUCUACCUCAUGGCCGAGCUCUGGGGCUCCGUCGUCGCGUCCCUCCUCUUCUGGGGCUUCGCCAACUCCGUCGUCUCCGUCAAGGAGGCGAAGAAGUACUACCCGCUGUUCGGCCUCUUCGCGAACAUCGCCCUCGUCUUCUCGGGCCAGUUCGUGCGCCUCGUGUCCAAGCUGCGCGUGGGCGCGACGGGCGCCGACGCCUGGGGCUUGUCGCUCCAGCUCCUCAUGGGCGGCGUCUGCGCGUCCGGCGGCGUGCUCCUCGGCGCGUACGAGUACAUGCAGCGCAAGGUCGUCACGGACCCCGAGUGCGUCGACCCGUCGACGCUCAAGAAGGCCAAGGUCAAGACGAAGAUGUCCAUGGGCGAGAGCGCCAAGUACCUCGCCCAGUCCAAGUACAUCCGCGACCUCGCGACGCUGGUCAUCGGCUACGGCAUGGCGAUCAACAUCGUCGAGGUCACGUGGAAGGCGAACCUCAAGAAGCAGUUCCCGGACCCGGCGGCCUACAGCGCCUUCAUGGGCGGCUUCUCGUCGUCGACGGGCGUCGUGACCUUCUUCAUGAUGCUCGUGGGCCAGCAGGUGCUCAAGCGCUUCGGCUGGGGCAUCGCGGCGGCCGUCACGCCCGUGACCUUGCUCGCGACGGGCGUCACGUUCUUCUCCCUCGUGCUCGCCCCGGGCUUCUGGCAGCCCGUCGCGGCGAAGCUGGGGACGACGCCCCUGAUGAUGGCCGUCUUCGUCGGCGCGGCGCAGAACAUCGCGUCCAAGUCGACGAAGUACAGCCUCUUCGACCCGUGCAAGGAGAUGGCCUACAUCCCGCUCGACGCGGAGCAGAAGACCAAGGGCAAGGCCGCCGUCGACGUCAUCGGCAACCCCCUCGGCAAGUCCGGCGGCGCCCUCUACCAGCAGGGCCUGAUCCUCAGCCUCGGCUCGCUCGCCGCGUCCACGCCGUACCUCGCGGGGAGCCUCUUCCUGAUCAUCGCCUUCUGGCUCAAAUCCGCCAAAUCCCUCGCCGGCCAGUUCGACAGGAAGAUGGAGGAGGUCGACCAGGAAUAG